AUGUCGGAACAGACUCCGGUUCCCGCCACCAACGGCGUCAGCCCGGCUCCUGCUGCCGAAAAGUCGGAGCCUGUCAAAGAGGCUGCCAAGGAUGAGAGCAAAUUCUCAUGGACGCAACCUCACCCGACCUUUGUCAUCAUCCUCGUCGGAUCCGACGAGACUCCCUUCGGCAUCCAGAAGGACUUCCUCUGCGCUAGAUCUACAUUCUACCGCAACCACUUCAAGCAGAACGUCGCAUCGGAUACUAUCGAACACAUCGUAAAGCUGCCCGAGACCUCGCAAGAAGUCUUCGGCUUGACCCAGCAAUUCCUCUUCACCGGCCAUGUCUCGAACGAUGCCAACUCAACUCCCUCAUACGAGGCCCUGAUCGGUGUGUGGAAGCUGGGCUAUGAGCUCGGAAUCGAUGGUCUCUGUGACAAGACUCUCGAAGCCAUGAACGACUGUAGACGCAUCACCCAGCACAUCCCCGCAACUCCUCUGCUUGUUCAGGUCUGGAGAGACACGCCCGAGGGUUCCGCCAUUCGUAAGCUACUCUUGUCGUGGGCGGCCGAAUACAUGCGCUCUUCGGAGUCCAGGGCCGAGUUUGCCAAGUCGCUCCCGCAGGAGGUUCUCAGUGAACUUGUGGUAGCCAUGAGCUCUCUCGACAGCCUGCCUGCGCCGUCUUCUGCGGAGUCACCACAGUCCGCUGAGCCGGCCCCACGGAAGAGCGUUCACUACUUGGAGGAGGACAGCGAUGAAGAUGACCACCUGACCAAGAAGAACCGACGUGCAUCUGCGCCACUGCCCCUGUCGCAAAACUCCAAGACUUACAACAACAGCCACCGGGCUCCGCCGCCUCCGGUCCGCAAAGCUGCGGCCGCGGCAGCUGUCGCAUCUGCGCCGAAAUCUAAGCCUGUCAUCCAGAAGCGACGCAGUUUCGUUUCCACGCCCACUGGCGAGAUAAGUACCGACAAGAAGCUGGACUUCUGCGCUGAUCUCCUUGACAGGAUGCUUUCGGGUCCUGGUUUCUGGACGCGUCUUGUCGGUCCCUUCAAGGAGCCCGUUGACCCAGUCGAGGACAACGUGCCUGAUUACUUUGAGAAAGUGAAGAAACCCAUGGAUCUCAACACCAUCAAGGCGAAGAUGAGUCAGCAACAGUACACUACAGAGGACGAAUUUGUCUCCGACGUGCGCCAGAUUUUCGACAACUGCUACACGUACUGGAAGAAGGGCGAUGCCAUGUGGGUGGCAUGCGAGAAGUUCCAGAAGACUUUCGAGGAGAAGUAUGCACAAAUGUCCAAAAACAUUUCCAAGAUGAUGAGGGAACCCACCGAUUGA